UAAUCCUUCCCUCCUCUCUGUCUCUCUCAUACUCGUCUUUCAGUCAAUUACAGAGAAAGAGGGAGAGAGGGAGAGAUGGAGGAAGCAAAGGGAGUAGUGAAGCACGUACUGCUUGCCAAGUUCAAAGACGACAUCCCACCCGACCAAGUCGAGGAGCUCAUCAAGGGCUACGCCAAUCUCGUCAGCAAAAUCGAGCCCAUGAAGUCCUUCCAAUGGGGCAAGGAUGUGAGCAUCGAGAACCUGCACCAAGGCUAUACUCACGUGUUCGAGUCGACAUUCGAGAGCACCGAGGGCAUAGCGGAGUACAUAGGCCACCCUGCUCAUCUCGAGUUCACGAACCUGUUCCUACCUGCAUUGGAGAAAGUCAUUGUCAUCGAUUACAAGCCCACGACCGUUCGGAUCUGAAAUAUUGUACCAGUUUAGUUUUCACCGAAUAAGUCUCUGCUACUGUUGUAGAAUAAAAAUUUGCCUUAUACAGCAUGAGAUGGAGAUCUGCUACUGGUCCGAUAUCUUCUAGCUCGAGCUUGUAACUUUAGCUGAACGAUCGCAUUUGAUGUAUUUUCAGUUAUAUGAAUCGCAGUUUCUCAUUGUUGCCAGACUCA